CUACUAGUGGGCGCCAGUCAACAGGGGUUGACGAGGAGGGGGAAAAAUAAGACUUAAAAUGGCCAAAAUGUUAGUAAAUGUAUGUAUAAUUAAUAUUAAAGUGUAUAAAUUCUACCAUUAGUGUAUAAAUGACAAUUGGACGUAAUCAUGUUACCAACAGAUAUGAAUUCCAAACAGGUAGCUUAACUACAUACUUAGUAAUAUCAAUAAUUAUUCACAUUGUAAUGAUAAUUAUUGGCGAAAUAAACUUUAAAAAGUGUCCAGCGUCACCCAAUAUUCCAGUAUUUUUGAUAGCUGAAGGAGUUAUUGGUCUAGUCUCAAAACUAUUGAGCUUAGGAAGAAAUUUCAUAUUACGUUAUUUGAAAAUAGAUGUCAUUCUGUCCGUCAUGGGAUUGGUGGAAGUGACGUUUUUGAUAUGCGGUUCUGUUUGGGUAUAUAGAGCAUUCGAACCAAAAUACGAUCCUGCCUAUGAAGAUCGAUACUGUAGCAGAACCCUUUAUCUUUUCUCAUUAAUUUUUAUUUCCUGCGUAUAUAUUCUUACUUUCGCGUUUCUUUUUAUGGUAUUGUGUAUGCUAAUAGGUUUUUGUCUACUGGUUUCAGUAUCCAGUGAUGUUGUCGUAGAAGCAACUGUGCCAGAAUUUACGACGCAGCCUGCCGUUCAAACUGAGUCCGUUUGAUUGUUUUAUUGCAGCAUUUGUCGAUUUGCAAUUAUUAUUUUAUUUUUUUUUAUAAAUGUGUAUUUUUUAUACCUAAA